CGCUGAGACAGCCAAAAGGAAGAGUACCCACCACUUCACCUUCCAAACAACUCCCUAAGCAACCCAUCUAAGCCCUCCUCUUCUUCCUAGAUACUUCAUGUAGCUUUCAAUCUCUAAUUUACUUCAAUAUAGACUGACUUCCUUAGGUCUGUAUUCAUCUUUUCCUCCUGCUCAUCGAUCUCUACGGGCUGGUACAUACCACCGUUGUAAUAUUCCUUGAAGCUUGGCUGCAGAUUAUAGAAAAAUGGAUCAAGCGCAAUAUCGGAUGUGGGCGGCGAAGAGGAAGCACUGUUGGAAUUCUCACAUUCAGGCAUCGACGAGCCCUUUUUACAAUAAUAAUUCAUGGGAAGAGCAAGCUUUUGCGGAAGAUGCAGCGGGUCCUUUAGGAGGGUGCAUAUGGCCUCCGCGUUCUUAUUCUUGCAGUUUUUGCAGAAGAGAAUUUCGGUCAGCUCAAGCUUUAGGGGGUCACAUGAAUGUUCACAGGAGGGACAGAGCUAGACUAAAGCAGUCUCCAAGUUCUUACAAUGAAACUCUCAAUCAAAACCAUAAUCACAACUCCAUCCAGAAUUCCAUUACAUACCCAUCCCAAGUUUGUACCCUGGUUUAUAACCCUAACCCUAAUUUUGCUGAUCCUGGUAUUAUGGUAUCCCCAUCUUCACCUUCUAGGGUUUCAGCUCCACCAACUCAUGAAAAUUUUAGUGCGCAAGCCUUCAACCGCCCUCAUGCUUCUGCUGCCGUCCAGGAACACCAAAAGAGGCUCCGUAUUUCUUCCCCUCCUUCAUGGUCAAAUUUGGUUGCCGACAAAUAUAGCUAUUGUAUUUCCGAUCUGAAAACUGAAGAAGCUAAAAGUUCAAGAUUUCUAGAAUCAGGGUAUAGGCCGGCUAAAGGGGAUUAUGUCACAACUGAUUUGUCUGUGAGCAUGAAUUUGUUUGUCUGUCGAGCUCACCCGACAGUGCCUGGGGGUAUGGAGGAGAUCAGUACUGUCGGUUGUAAAAGAAAGAGAACUGAUCAGGCGUCGACGUUACCUUUCUUCCUAAAGCCAAGAUCAGUUGAUAGACAAUAUCUACACUCGAAGGAGCUCGGAGUAAGCCCUAACUCCAUAGAAGACUUAGAUCUUGAGCUCAGGCUUGGUGACCCGCCUCAGGUAAAGUAGAAUUUCUGAACCCGAGUGCUAAGAGGGACGAGUUUCUGUUGUUUGAUUGCCUCCCCAUUUUCUUUUCUGUUCUCCCUUUGAUCUAAAGGCCAAGGCCAGCCACUAUGCUUGGAGUUUGAUCAACGGACUCUCUUUAUAUUUUAUGAAUUUGCAGGGUGUAAAAAUAACAAGAUGUAUAUCUCAUAAAGCGUGAAAACUUCAUCAAGAGAUCAAGGAUGAUAACCAUUAUA